AUACCCGCAUAAACGACGUCGUGUAUACAGAGGGUGGGCAUUACAACAGAUUUGGUUUCUUGGGAGAAGAAAAGACUACCAGGCCUAGUUACUUAUCAAUCACUCCAACAGCCGAACAGACUUGAAUUGUGUUUACAGGUAUCCCAAACAUCUCAGACUGCAUAUCUAUGUUUGCUCUUGGCUGUAAAGUUAAUAACACUAGAUAUGCAUAAAGAUACUAGUAGCAGUGCGCCUGCAACACCCACUGCACGACUGCGGCGGCGUAGAGGUUCAAAUGAGGUUCCUCCAGAUGAUGGCAAAACAAAUGGAACUCACCUUCUGGUCGGUGAUAAAAAUAAGUACAAGUCAAUGUUAGUGCGCACAUAUUCAACCGUAUGGAUGAUUGGGGGCUUCAUCUUCAUAAUAUACAUGGGCCAUCUCUAUAUUUGGGCUAUGGUUGUCAUCAUCCAAAUUUUCAUGGCUAAAGAGUUGUUCAGUCUUUUAAGGAAAACACAUGAAGAUAGUCAUCUUCCUGGAUUUAGACAAUUAAAUUGGCACUUUUUCUUCACUGCUAUGUUGUUUGUCUAUGGCCGCAUUCUCAGUCAACGACUUGUUAAUACUGUUACCUCAGACAAGUUUUUGUAUCAAAUUGUGGGUAGAUUAAACAAAUAUCAUAUGGUCACUUGUUACUUCUUGUAUAUUGCAGGUUUUAUGUGGUUCAUCCUUACUCUCAAGAAGAAGAUGUACAAGUAUCAGUUUGGUCAAUAUGCAUGGACACAUAUGAUUCUCAUUGUGGUGUUUACACAAUCCUCUUUCACUGUAGCCAACAUAUUUGAGGGGAUUUUCUGGUUUCUUCUUCCAGCAUCACUUAUUGUAAUCAAUGAUAUUGCUGCUUAUGUUUUUGGAUUCUUCUUUGGCAAAACCCCUUUGAUCAAAUUAUCUCCAAAGAAGACAUGGGAAGGUUUCAUUGGAGCAUCAGUUACAACAAUAAUUUCUGCAUUUGUGCUCGCUAAUGUUUUGGGUCAAUCUCAGUGGCUCACAUGUCCUAGGAAGGAUUUAUCAACUGGUUGGCUUCAUUGUGAUCCAGGUCCUUUGUUUAAGCCAGAAUAUUUUGCUGUACCCGGAUGGUUUCCUGAUUGGUUCCCUUGGAAAGAAAUUCAAGUUUUACCUGUACAAUGGCAUGCAUUGUGGCUCGGUCUUUUUGCAUCGAUAAUUGCACCUUUUGGAGGAUUUUUUGCUAGUGGGUUCAAAAGAGCUUUUAAGAUUAAGGAUUUUGGUGAUAGUAUUCCUGGCCAUGGUGGAAUGACUGAUAGAAUGGAUUGUCAGAUGGUGAUGGCUGUGUUCGCAUACAUAUACCAUCAGUCAUUUGUUACGCCUCAGAGUGUAUCAGUUGAGAUGAUUCUGGACCAGAUAUUGAUGAACCUGAGCUUCGAGGAGCAGCGGGCUUUAUUCACAAAGCUCGCGCAGAUCAUCCAGGAGAGCCAAUUUGGAGGAUCCUGAACUGCUUGAUCAUCUCUGUAACCUAUGAACAAUACUUAGGGAAGCUGAUUUGAAGAACCCAUAGAGUGGCCAAACCAGCUUGUGGCCUUUGUAAUUCGUAUAUCUUGUUUGCAGCAUCUGCAAGGAUAGCCACCUUAAAGAAUCCCGAGUUAUUCACUGUAUUAAAUGUAUUUUGGUUGCAGCAUAGUUGAUUGUUUAGCUAAAGGAUAUGUAGAUGUGAAACAUAAAAAAAUUGUAUAGUGCUUGCUUCCUCAUAUAAUGUUUUCUGGCCAUUGUCGUUUUAAUACUACUAUUUUAGAGACAUUGAUUUUUCA